AUGAAGAAGGAUGACCAUGGUACCUCCAAGAAUGUAACAAAGACAUAUACAGACAACAAUCAUAACUCUACCUCAUAUAACGACUUAUUUGCUAAAUCUUACUCUCCAUGGACUGGUUGGUCAAAGUGUAAUCAACAUUGCCAACAGACUAGAAAGCGGAAGUGUAUAUCUCCGAAGACUUGCGGAAGAUCCCGAAUUAAAGAAAAACGUAAAUGUAAGCGCAAGAAAGGGAAUUGUAUUGUUACAUCGUAUAAAGUACAUAACUCUACAGAAAAAAAUAACAGACUUGUGGAUAAUUUAUACGACUUAUUUUACAACCCUUGGACUUCAUGGAAAGCAUGCAAUAAUAGAUGCAUUCGUAAACGACGUCGAAUGUGCAAGACAACAAUUUGUGAAGGUGGUUAUUUAGAGGAAGAAAGGAAAUGUGUACCAAUCGGUGGCAAAUGUAAAAAGUCACUGGUAAUACAAGGCAAAACAUCUCAUAAAAAUACGGUGUCAACAUCAUCAGCUGACGGAACCUGCGGUAUACGGCCUGCAAUAUCGAGGCGAUCGCUAAGAAUUGUUGGAGGAAGAGAAGCAUAUCCACAUAGUUGGCCAUGGCAGAUUUUGAUAAAGAAGAGAAAACACUUCUGUGGAGGGACGUUAAUUCAUCCAAAAUGGAUAUUAACAGCAGCACAUUGCAUUCCAAAAAAAGUGAAGCGACGGAAAAUACGGGUUCGAUUAGGUGAACAUAACAGAAAAAGACGCGAAGGAACAGAAAUAGAAACGAGGGUGGAAGAAUUUUAUCCAUUUCCUAAGUUUGAUUAUAAUGCUGUGAUGCAUGAUAUUGCAUUAAUUAAAUUAGUGAAAGAAAUUCCAUUGACAAAUGUGACGAACGUAGCAUGCCUUCCUGAUAAAAAAUUCAAAAUAAAACAUGGUACCAUGUGUACGACUGUAGGUUGGGGUCGACAAACAAUUACCUCGAUGAAAGGUAGUGACGCUUUACAAGAAGUGCAAGUACCAAUUGUCAGAAAGAAAAAAUGCAAAAAGGCAUUUACUUUUCCUAUCAAUAACUCACAAAUAUGUGCAGGUUUCAAAAAGGGAACUAAAGACGCUUGUAUUGGUGACAGCGGCGGCCCACUUAUGUGUCCUGUCAAAAGAAAAAAUGGCGACAUUGUUUGGUAUGUUACGGGUGUAACAAGUUAUGGGGAAGGUUGUGGAGAAAAGGGCAAAUAUGGACUCUACACAAAUGUGUCUAAAUAUUUAAAAUGGAUUCAGAAAAAAAUGUCAUCGUAGUGUUUUUUAGUUUAGCCGAGUUGCGAGUUGUCAGACUCGGAUUAUCAUACAAUUAAUGAAGUCUGUCCGUCCGUUAAUCAACAUUUUGUGUUUGCCCAUCUGAUCCAAAUGGCCAACGUAAGCUCUUUUGUCACUUUAAGUCUGUCGCAUGUUCGCUUUUGAAAUUAUUUUUCUCUGAAACCACACGAUUCAUUGACAUCAAAGUUGACCAUACUUAAUUAAGAGUUUGUAAUUACAGAAUCAUUCCGAUUAUACUGCCACCCAAACACCAUGCAUAGUCGUGGUAGUUAUACACUGAUCAUGAUAUUCAUACACAACAAUUAAUCUUCGGAUAGAGGACCAUAAUAGGUAGAGAUGUAGGGUUAAGGUAACAACUAAACUGAAAUUCUCGUACAACCUUGUUCGUAACAGACCUUUCACAGAUUUUAAGCAGGUCGCCAUAUAUUUCCCAAGUCGAUGCAUUACCGUAAGAUUGUCAAUGGUAGUAUAUAAUAAGUUUGUACUGUGUACAUGUAGUUUUCAUAUUUCCUUUAUUUCCCGUCAAUAAGUUUUUAAAUCUUUCCUUGUGGCGUUAUGUUUGGCCCUGUGAGUUUCUCAUAAGGGCAUAUUGUACCAUUUGACAUACCAUGUUAUUGUUUACUUAUUUAUCUUUUUAUUAUCAGUUCUAUUUAUUUUCCUAGCAAAUACUCCAAGUCUGUGUAGAGUAUUACGCCUUCCACCCAGAAAUGCUGAUGAAUAGAGGAACCACGGUUUGAUCUAAUUUUAUUGAGGUCCUAAUGCCAGAUACGAGGAGACAAAAUUUUCCCAUCAUGUAAAUAAAAACAAAUUUUACUCUUACUGACUCUUGUUGUUCGCAACUCGGCUAACGCACCUUUUGAACUUCAGGAUAUAAACAAAACACAUGUACAUUGUAAGUCAACAAAUAAUGAAAACUGUAACUAGUUUCUUUGUGCUUAAAUAAGCGACCACACGUAAUAUGUACAUCUUUUGCAUUAAUUUAG